AUGGCGAGCAAAGAUGAAGAGGAACAAGAAGAUAUUUUGAUAGAUUCAAUGUUAUUCAUCCAAAAACAAAUCAAGGAAGUACCAAAGAAGAUGAAGUUGGCUGCUCUGGAAAAGCUUGGUGGCCGUGCAGAUAAUGAAUCCUCCCAGUUUGAUCAUUUGGAAUGGGCUCCGAUCAGAUACCGAUCUUGA